ACUGUCAUUGACAGAGGGGUGUGUCGUCCACGCCGGUGCUGACACGCCUCUUUACCAUACCUCACGCUUAGCGCAGCAGCCGUAGUAAUUUGACAUCCAUUGAGACUACAUUCUGCUUCGCCGUGUCUGAAGAAGCUGCUGCGCGUCCGACAAAACAGGGAAUACCGCAAUCGUUCAGGACUCGUUUUAUCCAACCCACCGUCCGUUAAUCAGCCCCGGGCAAUGAAAUUAACCAAAUAAAGGAGUAAUAGUAGAAGAAAAACGCUAAGAUGACAGUGGACUUUGAAGAAUGUAUUAAAGAUUCUCCCCGAUUCAGGGCGGGCAUCGAUGAGGUGGAGACUGAUGUGGUGGAGAUAGAAGCUAAACUAGACAAGCUUGUGAAGUUGUGCAGUGGUAUGAUCGAGGCCGGCAGGGCGUACGUGAGCGCCAACAAGCUGUUUGUCAAUGGCAUCAAAGACCUGUCUCAGCAGUGCAAGAAGGAGGAGAUGAUCUCUGAGUGUCUAGAGAAGUGUGGGGACAGACUGCAAGAGAUCGUCAACUACCACAUGAUCCUUUUCGACCAGGCCCAGAGAUCAAUUAAACAGCAGCUCCACACCUUCAUCAAAGAAGAUGUGCGCAAAUUCAAAGAGACUAAGAAGCAGUUUGACCGUGUGAGGGAAGACAUGGAGAUAGCCCAGGUGAAGAACGCCCAGGCGCCCAGGAACAAACCCCACGAGGUGGAGGAAGCUACGUCCUCUCUCACCCUGACCAGGAAGUGCUUCAGGCACCUGGCGCUCGACUACGUACUGCAGAUCAACGUUCUUCAAGCCAAGAAGAAGUUUGAGAUCCUGGACGCAAUGCUGUCAUUUAUGCGUGCCCAGUACACUCUGUUCCAGCAGGGCUAUAACAUCCUGGAUGAGAUUGAUCCCUACAUGAAAAAACUGGCUGCCGAGCUGGAUCAGCUGGUCAUUGACUCUGCCAUGGAGAAGAGAGACCUGGAACACCAACAUGCUACCAUUCAACACAGGACUCUGAUGCAGGACUUCUCGUACGAUGACAAUAAGGUGGAGUUCAACGUUGACGCCCCUAACGGUGUGGUGAUGGAGGGGUACCUGUUCAAGAGGGCCUCCAACGCCUUCAAGACCUGGAACAGGCGGUGGUUCUCCAUACAGAACAGCCAGCUGGUCUACCAGAAAAGACUCAAGGAUGCCCUGACGGUUGUGGUGGAGGACCUGAGGUUGUGUUCAGUGAAACCAUGCGAGGAUGGAGAAAGGAGGUUCUGCUUUGAGGUGGUGUCCCCCACCAAGAGCUGCAUGCUUCAGGCUGAGUCAGAGAAACUCCGUCAGUCGUGGAUCCAAGCGGUACAGGCCUCUAUUGCCUCUGCAUACAGGGAGAUAUCAGACAACUACUACAUCGAGCGGCUGGACCGAACCGCGUCCCCCUCCACCAGCAGUAUAGACUCGGCCAGCGAGCCCAGGGGAGGGAGGAUGGGUGAGGGCAGGGGGGAGAGUAUCCUUCAGCGCGUGCAGACCCUGCCAGGGAAUGAGCUGUGCUGUGACUGCUCCCAGGCUGCACCCUGCUGGGCCUCCAUCAACCUGGGAGUCCUGCUCUGCAUCGAGUGCUCUGGCAUACACAGGAGUCUUGGUGUCCAUUGCUCCAAGGUGCGGUCGCUAACACUGGACUCAUGGGAGCCAGAGCUUCUCAAGUUGAUGUGUGAGCUGGGAAACAGCGUGAUUAACCACAUCUAUGAGGGGGGCUGUGAAGAGAUGGGAGUGAAGAAACCUGGGCCUUCAAGUACCAGGCAGGAGAAAGAAGCGUGGAUUAAGGCAAAAUACGUAGAGAAGCGUUUCCUGAAGAAGAUGAGCAGCAGCGACUCGUUAGUGGAGGGAGACAGGAAGUCCCGCCCCUGGAGCGCGAAGAAGUGCCAGCGCAACCACAGUGCAAGACGAGGAGCACCAAAAACCCGCCGGAAAUACCGCCACGACCAUGGCAUGACCCCGACAGAAAACCUUUCAGCAGCUGCUGCAGCUAAGCUCCGUCGUGACUCUCUGUUCUGUCCCGAUGAGAUGGACAACCUCUUCUCCUACUUUGAUACCGGCAAUGGCCCUCGCAGCCCUGCAGGUCUCAGCAGCGACAGUGGUCUGGGUGGCAGCACAGACGGCAGCACAGACAUCCUGGUGUUUGGCUCAGUGGUGGACAGCGUUGCAGAGGAGGAGUGUGAGGGGGAGUCAGAAGGGGAGGAGUCUAGUGGGGAGGCGGAGAUAGAGCAGGAGGCGGGCUCCGACCCAGAGGAGCCCCUCCCCUUACGCGGGCUCUUCUCGCCGUGGGCACUGCUGUACCAGUCGUCACGGCUACACAACCUGCCACUCAUGGCAGAGGCCCUGGCACACGGGGCAGAUGUCCACUCCGCCUGCGAAGAGGAGGAGGGGAAAACGCCACUCAUACAGGCCGUGGCAGGAGGUUCGUUGAUCGCGUGUGAGUUUCUGCUGCAGAACGGGGCUGAUGUGAACCAGAGAGACAUGAGAGGGAGAGGUCCCCUGCACCACGCUACCUACCUGGGACACACUGGUCAGGUGUGUUUGUUUCUGAAGAGAGGAGCCUGUCAGACAGAGGUGGACGAAGAAGGUCACGACCCUCUGAGCAUGGCUGUCCGGGCAGCUAACGCAGACAUUGUCACGCUGUUGCGGUUGGCGAGGAUGAACGAGGAGAUGCGCGAGGCGGAAGGUCCUAUGGGCCAGCCAGGUGACACAACAGAUCACAUCUUUCGGGAGUUCCCUCUCACGUUAUCCCAGCAGCCCGAGGAACUGAAGAGGAGGAGCUAUACUUCGCACACACUGAAUGAGGCAGCCCACCACAGCAUCCUGAACAGGGUUGGGGACAUUAGUAGUGGAAGUUUAGCACAACCACCUCUUCCACUGUAGGACCCUGAUGUAGCAGACGUGAAAGAAAUGCCUUAGUGGUUCUACAGAAAACUACUGGGGUUUGGUUAGGCUCCGCCUUCCUUUCUGCUUUUCAACAGAACCGGAAGCUUCCUAGUUUCUCAAUAUAAUCAAUUUAUAACCAUUUCAUUUUUAUUUUUUAUGUUUGCCUUUAGUUUUGGUCAAUUUUUAGAGUAGAAAUUAUAUUGUGUAAUUUAUUUAUUGAAAAUAAGUAGUGUGAAGAUGGGCCUGGACUCCCGAAAAGGAGUGCAGGUUAUCCUGAGUAGGGGGAUCUGUGCCCUGGGACGUCCUGCCCUGUUUCCUCUCUGUCAUACAAUAUGCAGAGAAGAAUGGGAGUAACUGCCCUGUUUAAGACUGUCAUACAAUAUGCAGAGAAGAAUGGGAGUAACUGCCCUGUUUAAGACUGUCAUACAAUAUGCAGAGAAGAAUGGGAGUAACUGCCCUAAGCCAGGUGUGAUAGGCAGGUGGAGGCCUACACGAGAAGACUCAAAUAUGUGGUCACUGCCAAAUGCUCUUCUACAAAGUACUGAAUAAAGGGUCUGAAUACUAACGUACCAUGUUUUUGCUUGACCAUGUGGUAUUGGGCGCAGGCUGAUGGCAAAGAAAAUCUGCACUCUACAUAGUGUACUGUAGAGGACUGUCUCAACGUUAUGAUAGCGUACUUUUGGGGUAAUUUUAAUUAGGCUACAUAGUAUACAAUAUGGGUUAGGGUUAUGCCAGGGUACUGGAGAGGAGAAUACGGCCGAUAGUAGAACCUCGGAUU